AUGCCCAUACCCCACGGAAAGUCUCUAGAGUUGGUGGUCAAGGAACUCCUGGAGAAGUGGGAGGGCGAGCGGGUUGGCUAUUUGAAUCUGCGGUCACCUAUCCUCUUCCUAACUCUAUUGGAGCUCUCCCACCGGGUAAGGGGGAUACUUCCUCGCAUCGCGGAACGGCCAGCCGCUCUCCAGACAUUCGCCUACUACCCCUCUUCCCAUCGCACAAUACAAAUUUGCGAUGCUCGGGGUGUUAUUCUUGGGUAUCGGUUCAAGAUUCCAGCUCAUCUUCUCAUCACUUUGAACAACACCUCUAAGACCCUGGGUUCCUAUGAUCCCCCUGAGCCUAGCGGCGGAGGGGAUCCGUUGGCAGAGGGAUUCUAUACCAGUCGGAGUUAUGCUGUUUGGGCGGAUAACAAGAAGUAUGUUGAGAGUGAGGAGCUUUUGAGGGAUGGAGACAAGGGUAGGGAAUGGUUGAGGGAAAAUCAGGAACUGUUUGACUACUGCAGUAUUCAAUUGCGCCUCCUCUACCCAGAACAGUAUGUGAGAAUGACGGGACCUAUAGUGAAGGAUAUGGCGAAGACCAGGACUGCGGAUGGACGGAAGCUAAUGCCACUUGGUGGAGCAUGGCAUGGUGUUUGUCUAAACCAAGGGUUAGACCCUGGUCAGAGUCGUUCUCAUCAGGAUCGGAUGAAUGAUAAGCGACUGUUCAAUUGUGUCGUACCAUUUGGGGAUGGGUUCCGGGAUGGAGAGCUGGUUUUAUGGCAGAUGAAAAUGCGGAUUGGGCUGGAAAUUGGUGAUGGAUUUUUCUUCCAUGGGUCUUUGGUUGCUCACGAGGUGAUGGAGGUGACGGCAGGGGUUCGCAACUCGAUCGAUCUAUUUACUCGUGCGAGCAAUUAUGAAUUUCUGGAGGCGCACAAGAGAGCGGCUGGCAAGGUCAUAUAUCCGGCAAAAGUAAAGGUGCGCGGUACGGCUGGGCGGGGAGGAAGUCGGGUGGCGCAUGAGGGUGUGGUGGCAAGGAGACAAAUUUGGCGGGAGAAGAAGCAGAGGCAGCGUGCCGCAGGCCAAAUGAGGACUGGGGGUGGGGGACACACGGGCUAAUGCCGGAGAUGUUAAUGUAUUCUAUACCAUAUCGAGCCAUCCACCCUGCUAGGUUGACUGACCGUGUUCUUAAUUAUCUGAAUAGACCAAAGUAUUUACAGGGCCCUUUCUAGACCUCUCCCAUCCCGGUUGGGAGCCGAAGGCAUACCUCAGGCUGUCCAGCGGCACCGGAUGCACCGGAGACAGUGCUGCUGAUAACUAA